AUGAGAUGCCAGUCCACUUGUUUUUUUGCGACUUUGGCCAUUUUCUCCCUGGUUCCGUUGCUGCUGCUGUCUGGAGAGCAUUGGCUCCCAAGACCCGCGACGGAGUCCCAAAGUUGGGCAACACCACCGCCUUCCAUCGAAACUGUUCCACAACGGCCCAGGCAGCCGCCAAAUCAGCCCAAUCGAGAAGGUUUCGCCUUGAAAGAAUCUUGGGUGGUCCUUCUAUCCCUGCAGCGCUCCGGAACUCACUGGCUCUCGCACGAGUUGAACCGCGAUCCGUGCAUUGCAGUGCUACCUGAGAUUUUAUACCAUCAGACCGAACGAUUUUCCUGGUGGACCCCAAUCCUACGACGAGAGGCCAUCCAGGGAUUCUUUAAGGGAAAACUGUUGGAUCCCACGGCCGAAUUCGAUGGGAAGCAGCUACCUUGGACCUUGGUGGACUAUGUCGCACAAACCAGCAAGGAUUUGCAGAAUGGAAGACUGGUGCGAGGCUUCAAUUGGAAAGUGAACCAAGCCUUUCCAGAAGAUUGGUCCAGCUGGUUCAAGAAGUACUGUCUGCAGCACAAGAUCCGCAUCGUCUUCUUACAGCGCCGCAACGACCUGCGACGCAUCUUCUCCGUUGAGGCGAAUCGAAAGGUGCCGGUCUAUGCCACCAAGGACGCUGGUGAGGCGACGAAGGUAAGGAAAGAGAAAGUGGAGCUGGAUCCAAAGAAUCUCACCUACCUUUUGCAACGUGACAAGCAAAAGAUUCAGCAGGUACGACAAAUACUGGGACAAGCCAGAGCGAUGGGCUUGCCGGUGCUGCACGUCUACUAUGAGGACUUAGCUGGAAGCGCUGCAAACUUGGAGGCAGUAAGGAAUUUCUUGCGACAGAACUCCAGCUGUCCUCCAGCGCCACUUUCGAAGGCGCCAGGGUGGGUGAAGCUGCACAAUGGAAGUUUGUCGCACUUGAUUGGGAACUGGAAUGAAGUGAAGAAGAGCUUGGAAGCUACGCAAUGGGAAUGGAUGUUGAACGAUUAG